AUGGGAUUUAAACUUCCAAAGACACACAACGCAUAUUAUGACCCUGUCACAUUUAAGAUGACACCAGCUUUGUAUCGUGUCAGAGCACCUUUCUUUUGGAGAAACACUAUAGCUCUUUUUGGUGUAUCAUUGAUCCCCCUUGGAGUCUACAUCUAUACGUGGAAAAAGUUGGAUACCGAUGAUUUCGGAGAUAUUCCAAUUCCUCCACUUUCAGAAGCUGAAAUCGCUGAAUUGAAAAAAGAAUACGAAGAGAAAAAAAAGCUUGAUGCUUGA